CUAACAGAUCAGUCAAGAGUUUCAUCAGAGCGCUACACUAGCAAUGCGAGUGGCGCACGUGGACCGCUCUACUGGCGACUUUAAAAAAAAUGUUAAAAGACUUUUGCUGGAUAUACAGUUUUUUUAAACUUUCGUUACUCUCGAACAAGAAACUCUGUCGCAUUUUUAUUAAGAUAUCUCACAUUUUAAACGUUAAUUUAUAACGAGAAUGUUGGCGCUAUCAAAGUAAUUUUUAAGUCACUCCACAUCAUUUGAGCUAAUUAUGGUAGACAAAGGUCUUCUGACUUCGGCUAUCAUUUUCUAUCUGUCAAUUGGGGCAGCGAUUUUCCAAGUCAUCGAGGAACCUAACUGGGAGACCGCAGUAAAGAAUUAUAAAGCACAAAAGGAGGAAAUAUUGAGAAGAUAUCCAUGUCUUAAAAAUGCUGACCUGGACCACAUUCUAAAGGUGGUGUCUGAUGCUGCAGGACAAGGCAUCACCAUCACAGGAGACAAAACCUUCAACAACUGGAACUGGCCCAAUGCGGUCAUCUUUGCAGCAACAGUUAUUACAACUAUAGGUUAUGGAAAUAUUGCCCCCAAAACACCUUCAGGGAGGCUUUUCUGUAUCUUUUAUGGCCUUUUUGGAGUGCCGCUGUGUUUCACAUGGAUCAGUGAACUUGGAAAGUUUUUUGGUGGUAGAGCUAAACACCUUGGGCAGUAUCUUACUAAGAAAGGCGUAACAUUGCGAAAAACACAGUUCAUCUGCACAGCUGUCUUUCUGUUAUGGGGUGUGUUGGUGCAUUUAGUGAUUCCUCCAUUUGUAUUCAUGUCUCAAGAAGGCUGGACCUAUAUUGAGGGCUUGUAUUUUUCGUUUGUCACUUUGACAACUAUUGGAUUUGGUGAUCUUGUAGCAGGUGUUGACCCCAAUGCUGAGUACCCUACUCUGUAUCGGUACUUUGUGGAGGUAUGGAUUUAUCUUGGUCUAGCAUGGCUGUCUUUGUUUUUCAAUUGGAAAGUUCGCAUGGUUGUGGAGGCUCACAAAGCACUAAAAAAGCGCCGUAAAAGGCGCAAACUUUCGCUAGAUGAGUUACAGCGCAUCGCUGAAAGUCACAAGACCUUGCAUCUUCCACCAACUUCCAAUGAUGUCAACAUAUUUAGCUUCUUAUCCAAGAAAAAAGAAGAUUACAAUGACUUAAUCAAGCAGAUAGGUGUUGAGAAGGAAGGAGAAGAUCAGUGUGUCAGCUUCAUCACUGGAAGCAAGAAUAAAGCACCAAACCGCUCAAAGAGCUGCAGUGAUAAUUAUUCUACUAAUGGAAAUUCCAUUCUCAGUCUAGACCACUCACCUCGACAGAAGCGCCGCUAUAGCUUCAGUGAUAGACUUAAUGUAGCUUUCUCAAAAUCCAAGAGUUACCUUCUUAGUCAAGAGGAAUGUCUUCUCAUGAAUGAAAUGCAUGCAGAGAGAGAGACAGACACUGACCUAGACUGUAUAAGAAUACAUGAAAAUCAGUUGGACAAAGAGGCAGGAGAGAAACACAAAGGUCUAGAACAUGGAGGAUGCAGCAACGCCCGGAUCACAUGGGACUCCAGCAAAUACCAGACCUUUAUGUUUCCCAAUGCCAAUAUUACUUUCACUGAUGAAGAGAAUUUGCUAAACAACAACCUAGAGAAUGAUCACAAUGACUUUAUGCCUAUAUUCUCAACAAAUGCUGAUGAGAUCGAUUUCAGUGAGCAACAGGGCUCGGAAUCUGAGACCUCUGUAUUCACCACAGAUGGGUCAGACCAUGGCAACUCCUAUGAACAGUUGGCAGAAGAGUAUUCCAAAGAGGACAACACUGACAUUUGAUUCUGUCUCCUUUCAUGUCAGUAAAGUUUUUCUUUCAUGAAAAACCUAAAAUGAUGGUGGAAACAAUAGAAAAAUAAGGUUUUACACAGUUCAUUUCCCACUUCUUUUAAAUGUGAUUUUACAUAACAUUUUGUUUAGCAAACGCAUGCUUUCCCAUCAUAUUGGUGGAUUGUUUUUUGGGUUUUUUUUUUUGUUUUUUUUACAGACAAAAAAUGCCAAUUUGUCAAAGCUUAAUCCUUAUUGGAUUAAAAUAUAUAUUUUUAUUGUCUUCUUUGAGCCCAAGGUAUUUUAUUGGGUAACCAUGUUGACCUGUUAGAUUUUAGCUUUUAUUUUGAAUGUUAUGUCAUUACUUGACUUUUUAAUAUUUAGAUUUUUUGUCUCUUUUGAUGCAGGCAUUGUUUUUAUUUCACUAAAAUGUGUCGUUAACUCCAUAUCCAAAAAUGAUAUCACUAUUCAUGAUCUUCUGAACUGUCAAGAUGAUAAUCCACACUCAAAUUCAGGUUUUUCUCUUUGUCCCUGUCAAGUCAUGAAAAUGGUAGUUUAAUUGGCACAAGAUAACAGGAAAUUAUUACUGUGUUCAUUUUACUAAUGUAGUAAUGACUGUUUUGGUGUCUGACUCCAGUUGACAUUUUGGUGAUUUCAUGUUGACAUAAAACCAACACACAAAAUUCUAAUUGUAAUUAAAACCAUUAUAAUGCCUGAAGGGAGGAAAUGAAAAUCCAAGUUGUGGUUCUCUUCACUGAGCCCAUGUGCUUUCUCACUUCUCUUCUUGUGUUAUGCUAUUGAAUGUCUUUUGUGUGCAGAUGUAACUGUAUUUUAUAGAAUUAUAGUGCCCUCUUUUAUUAAUAUGUUGGAUUUCUUUCCUGCUUUUUUUUUUUGAAGCAAAGUUGAACUUACAAAUGUAUUCUAAAUUUCUACUGCCUGGUGAUGUCUUUUAAUAGUCAUUGGUUUGUGCAUUAAAUGAAUAAAUUUUCCACCAAUUCACUUUCUUCUAGUGAGCUUUAGUGUUGUAUUUUGUUUAAUCCUGUGUAUUCCAGUGUACUCUUGACCAAGUAUUAGGAACCUUGUUUUGAGCCUGUGUUGUUGAUCUGUGCUACAAUUGGUUCAAUGUUAUGUUUCAGUUGAAACUUUGGUGUGUCGGUCUCAGUUAUGUACAUUGGGAAAUGGCCUGUUAGCAGCUGCAAUUGUUAAUAUUCCUUGUGUUCUAUUGUAGCCUCUGUUUAAAUAGCUGUUCGCUAAAUUUCUAAAUUUUAAUUACUGGGCAAUGUUAAAUAACCUUAGGUUAACCUGCCAAAUCAUUCUUUAUCAUGCCCCUAUUUCAUAAAGAAACAUUUUACAUAAUGGUUUUGAUUUUCACAUUAUUUUAAUUUUGAAUUUUCUGUACUUUGUCAUGCUGUAAUUCCAUAACUGCUGCUGUAAAGCAAUUGUGAAAUAAUAGAUGUCAAUAGAUGUUUUGUCAGAAAUAGUAGUUUUGUUUUUGAGUUUUAAUUUUACAAUGUGAAUUAUAUGUUAAUAAUAAUGUAAGGAUAAAAGAAUCUCAGAUACUUUGAUUUCCUGUGAAACAAUGCAAACGUACAGACAUCUUCAAGACGUAGGAAAACUACCUUACCAUUUAGUCCUUUCUAAAACCCCUCUACCCAUCUUUCCUUCCACUCAGCUUGCUGCAUGAAAAUGCCAAUGUGAGUGAACUAACAGUAUCAUUUAAAAUGUCUCAGUGCGACUGGUACAAUGGUCUUGUUUCUACAGAAGUAAACUUAACAGUAACCAAGGGUUCUAAGGUCAGGUAUGCACAUUUUACUAUUAGAUUAUUCUCUGAGAACCUGAUGUUUUGUAUAAAUAUGUUUGAAUUGGAAUAAUACAUAUUUACCUGGCUGAUAAUAAAU